ACAGUUUGACGUCAUCACCCAGCUCCGGGAAGGUCUGAGCAGCUCGCGGCUGCAGAGCUUCCAUCCAGACCAGCCGACGGGUAAAAACGAACUGCAGGCGGAGCUUUAGCUUAGCAAGCCGCUCUCUGAAAAACUGGAGUAGGGCACUUGGGUCAGCUGUGCUAUCGCACGUCUGAAUGUGUGCAGAUAAGGUAGGGCGCGUUUCUGCACUGACUUGAGCCUUUUAUGCAACCCGCCCUGCUCACUAGGCACCACCACCAUGUCCGACCCUGCUAACACUACGUCUACAAACAACAACGGAGACUCCGGGCUAAACGGGUCCUGGGUGGAGCUGGGGAUGAACAGAGGCACAGCCGGAGCGGCCCAGUCACCCUCCACAGAUGGCCCGGCCCCGGGCCUGCUGCCCCUCCCUCAGGUGGAGGAAGAGGAGGCCAUAGUGGGGGGGCUGGAGCACGUCCCGUCCUCGUCCUCCAUCCACAACGGAGACAUGGAGAAGAUCCUGCUGGACGCCCAGCACGAGUCGAGCCGCAGCAACUCCUCCUGCGACAGCCCCCCGCGGCCCCACAGUCCCCAGGCUGACGGACAGAUCAUCUUUGACGUGGAUGUGAGCGGCAGGAGAGACAGUCUAUCAGAAGAGGACGUCUUGGACAAGGAGAGGGAUAUGGACAUCCUGAUGAAGGACGCAGACUGGGUUGCUGACUGGUCUAGUAGACCGGAAAACAUUCCCCCCAAGGAGUUUCAUUUCCGUCACCCUCGACGCUCCGUAACACUCAGCAUGAGGAAGACCGGGGUCAUGAAGAAAGGAGGAAUCUUCUCCGCCGACUUCCUCAAAGUCUUCAUCCCCUCGCUGCUACUAUCACACAUCCUCGCUCUGGGGGUGGGAGUCUACAUCGGGAAGAGGCUGACCACGCCACCCGCCAGCUCCUUCUGAGCCUGAAACGGAAGAAAAAGUGCCUGAGAAGUGGCCACGAAUUGUCGAAGAAAGUUUUGCUGUCGUGAGAAGAAAAAACGCCCGUGUCUUCUCCCUCUGUCCCGCCUGCCCCCCACUUCCCCUCCUCGUCCCUGAGAUAUGACAUGUUCUCAGGAGAAAUGCAUCCUUCCCCACCCUUUAUUUCUUGACUGGCUGUUCUCUGACUCUCUGUAGAUACCCCCCCCCUCCCCCCCUCCUCCUGCCUUAUAUCCUUCACUCAUUUAUGUAAGCUUUUCAAAAAAUGAAUAAGGUCCCAUAUUUCCUUUUCCCCAGCGAUUUGGGUUUAAUGUUUAUAACGGGUGGGUUUUCAGGGAGGGUUGCAGCAUCAAACCAAACUCUUCUACUACACACUACCCCUUGAUCAUCUGACAACAAGGGAGGACUGUCCAGUUUUAGAAAUGACCACAGAUUGUGCCACCUACAUGAGUAGCCCAACACUCAGAUCUCUAAAAGGAUUCAACCAAAUUCAGAGUUAGCUUCGCAAACUGGAAUUGUAAUCAUGCCUUUUUGAAAGUAGCCAUUUUGUUAAUUUUCUUUUAAUAUAGUUUUUUGUAUUGUUAUUUUACAACAGUGGUUUAUUGAGAAGGUGUAACGAUGACAGGGGUUACCAUAGUGGCCAUCCUAAACCACAAACGCUCGUGAUUUGCACUGGGGAAGUCUCUGGCUUAUAAAGAGAGAUUUAUGUGACUUUUCUGUGAUGGAAACUAUAGAUAUGAAAAUCUAUUCAAUUCUGCAUCCAAAUGAAUAUUUUGCAAAGUGACAAUAACUGGAAACCAGAGUGUAGAUGUGUGCUGUGGAGGCAGGCAGGCAGUGCGUCCUUCUCAGCGUGUACACUAACAGUAUUUUGUGGUUGGGCCUUGGGUAACGCUAGCCUGGUCCUACCAGACUCUGGGACAUUUCCUUUGUCCAGAGAGUCUGGCCACUCUCCAUUGACAAGUGUUAACUUCCUUGAAGGCGGGUACUCUGUUGAAGUUUAAAAC